ACAAUGUGCACCGCCUUCGCAACAUGGCGAGCAUGGUGGUCGCACGUUCGCACGCAGACUCGAGCAUCAACGAGAGGCGAUUGCGACCCGUCUACGACUAUUUAGACAAUGGGAACCACAAGAAAGCGCUGCAGGAGGCGGAGAAGCUGCUCAAGAAACAAAAGGAUUUUUCCUGCGCCAAGGCCCUCAAGGCCCUUGCGCUUGUGAGACUGACCAGGAUGGAUGAAGCGUAUGCCACGCUCAAGGAGCUUCAGCAGGAGGCAGUAACAGACGAUCCGACGCUCCAGGCCAUGACACUCUGCUACCGAGAGCUUGAAAGACCGGAGCUGAUCGUGGAGGCGUACGAGCGCGCCUCGCAGAAGGAGCCCCAGAACGAGGAGCUGCUGACGCACCUGUUUAUGGGCUACGUACGACUGGGGCAGGCCAAGCAGCAGCGCCACGCGGCCCUGGCCCUGCACCGGCUGCGCCACAAGAACCCCUACUACUUCUGGGCCGUCAUGAGCCUCGUGGUGGAGGCCGGCCAGCCGGACACCUCAGCAGUGGAGCGGUCCACACUGCUGCUCCUCGCGCAACGCAUGGUCGACAAGUUCGUCAAGGAGGGACGCCUCGAGGCCGAGGCCGAGGUGCAGCUGUACCUGAUGGUGCUAGAGAUGCAAGAAAAGUACCAGGAGGCACUGGACGUGCUGGAGGGACCCCUCGGAGAGAUCCUGACCUCAUACCUGGACUUUGUGCCUCAACACAAGGUGGAGCUGCUCUCCAAACUGCAGCGCUGGCCACAGGUCAACUCGAUCUGCAAGUCGCUCCUGCUUGACAACCCCGACCACUGGCUCUUCUACCAGCUCUACCUGGACAGCGUGGAGAAGUUGCAAGCAUCAGGAUGGACUCCAGAAACGCAGAGCGAAAAGGAGGCGGAGCUGAGGCCCCGUCCGGACCACACGUUUGAGCUGGCCCUGGACUUUGUGGAGUCCCUGACGGGGGCUUGGACCUCCCGGCCGGGCAGCUCGGUGCUCAGGGGCCCCUUCAUGGCACGCAUCUCGGUACUGGCCCGGGAGGGGGCCGGCACCAGCCGCGACCUGCUCGUGAACCUUCUGAUGGAGUUCUUCGAACGGACGGGCCACAAGGCGUCGUGCGUGCUGGACAUCUCGCACCUUCUUUCCUCGUUCACAUUUCCAGAAGAGGACGUUGUUAGGUUGCUGGACAAGAUGGAAGACUCCUUGAAGGUGGCCCUACCCGACACCUGGCACGUGCCUCCAGACGUGAACACGAUGCAGCGCCACCUUACCUGGUGCCAGUUGCGGUACUACCUGACCAGGAGAGACGCCCCCCUCUCUAAGGAGCAGAGGCUGCAGCUGGUCAGGGACCUCUUUGAGAGCUACCAGAACGGACUGCGCUUCGGGAUUGGCCUGCUCCCGACAGACUUCCAGCCUUCGGACAACUAUGCAAUCCUCGCAGGAUGCAUCCUUCUCGACGUGUGGCAGGAAUCAGGGGACAACCGCGUGCUGCUGUGGCUGCUGGCGGCCCUGGAGCGAGCCCUGCUCAACAGCCCGUCCUGCUUCCAGCUCAAGCUGCUCCUGCUCAAGGUGUACGGGCGCAUCGGGGCAGCCACGGCGUGCCAGCGUCUCGCCGAGCUCCUCGACAUCAAGCACAUUCAGCACGACACCCUGGGGUACCUGGUCACGCCGGUGUUCCUCAAGGCCGGUCACCUGCAGGCGGCUGGCACCAACAUGAACAGCGCUCUCAAGCUCUUCACGGGAAACUACAAAGACACAACAGAUUAUCUCAUUUCUUGUUACAAGUAUGGCUCAUUCACUAAGAUUCAGGAGAUUGUCCGGUUUCGAGAACGACUCAACAAUUCACUUCAGUUCGCAACCCUGACAGCUGAGAAGAUGAUUCUGGAACUGCUGCUAGAAGUCAAAAGUCAAGAAAGUCUGAAGCAAGUGAUGAGCUGCCUGGAGAUUGACCCCGUUCAUGACAAGACGGCCUGGCACGAGCUCAGGGACAACAGGGACGUCCAGAUAUUCCGGGAGUGGGGAGCCAGCAGGAAGAAACUUUUGGCGGAUGCCCUAGAGCGGUCUCGGCAGGAGGAGGUGAUGUGGCUGCGGAUACGGAACCUGCUGCUGCGGCUGCUGGCCGCCGGCCAUGCCCUGACGCAGGGGGGCCCCCAACGGCCGGGGGGACGGCAUGCGGACCACGGGGACGACGGCAGCUGCCAGGCCAAUGGGGAGCGGCCCCAGGCGGGGCUCUCGGUACUUUCUGACCUCCUGGGCUCCCUGGGCGAGCUCGCACGCGAGCUGGAUGCCUCGACUCUGGCCUCCCCCGCCUCCUGCUUCCCAGUGCAGUGCCCGGGACCCAGCCGGCUGCCCCUGUUUGUGGGUGGGGGCUGCCUGCGCACUCUCCAGGGCCUCUUCCAUUGGCUGGAACAGCUGUACCGGCACUGCGAGGACUUGCCGGUGGAGUCCGUGCCAAGCGAAGAUAGCAAAGUUAGGGACAAUCUUGUUCCUCUAGUCAAAAGCCUAGUUUCCGACGUCCGAGCCCGAGAGGUGAAAAGCCUGCUGGAUGCACAAAUGUACUUGGAGCAGCUUGUUAACCUUGCAGAGGUGGUCGGAUGGUGCAGCCUGGUGCUGACCGUGGGGAGCACCAUUGUCCGACCCACGAGAAAUGCCGUCACCCGCAAGGGCAAGAAGAAGAAAGAGGCUGCCACUGACGAGGUGGCCCUGAAGCAGUUUAGCGUCCUCCUGGCCGAAGUGGAGGCGGUGGCAGCGGAUGCACGUUCCCUGGUUGGAGAUGCGCGGGUGGUCUUGCUGGCACCUCUCAUGGCCACCCUCUCUGUCGAGGAGGAAGAGCCCAUCCUGCCUAGCACGGGAGACGCCGCAAAGGACGUGCAUCAGCGGAUCGAACAGAGCUACGAGGAGUCCCUCAAGGAGCUGGGGGCACUGCUCGACACCAAGAUGAAGCUCCUCCGUUCCCUCCAUUAGUGGCACGAGCGUCUCUCCAUCUGCCGUCGGGAAGCUCGAAACGGUCGUCUCCACCGACUCGGCCCUUCCAGCUCAUCUCGCAGAAGCGAGUGCCACGCUCGAGGUCCGCAAUGGCUCGUUGGUCAAUGGCCGCAAACGUCAACGCAGUACUUUGAGAGGUCGAGUUGGCUCGGAACUAGACCUCAGUUUCAAAGGGGCUAUACUAGCGCGAGAAUGGAGCAAUCCGCGUUUUGGGCGCACAGAGGUGUAAUGCAUCAAAGGUUGGUUUGCUCGUCGUCUUCGCUGUUGUGUCUGGUCGAACUUUUUAGUGAGAUUUUCCCGGGCUUUGAGUGGCUGCGACAGUCUUCCGCCGAAAGUGCCGGGAAAGCAAGCAUCGGCGGCGUCUCGUCGUCUUUGUCGGAGUGUUGCGACGUCGUUGCUGUUUGGUUGUUUCUCUCGCCAGGCCCAUUGCUCUGCCGGCGACAUGGCUUUCGGGCCUGCCGGACGACGAUUGGCUGCCUAAUGUAUUCUUCGCCACUUGUUUUUUGCUUCGUCGGUUUGUCUCGUGCACAGCUUCUCACGUGCCCUGGAAAUGCAGUCUACGGCAAAGCCGAGAUUUGAGGCGGUGCUGCUGCGAAAGGUUUCACACUUUCGUAAGUAACAACUGCGUCGAGCUUUUUGUUUUUCUUGGUUUCGUAAGGUUUUGACUGUUGCUUUCUAGGCCCCUUUAGUUUUAGAGCAGUGUUCUCAUGAAAGCAUCGCCGUGAAAAGUGCCUCAGAACGAGCUGAAUUCUGACGACGUCUGAGGUCUCGGCGGAAAGAGUCCUAAGCGGAGCUGGACGUGCGGUGCGAAGAAAGGGGUUUCGUGUGUAGAGACAUUCACUGCAAGUUCCACGAAGUCAAUCUGCAGCUGCCACCGUUUUCCGUCUGCGUUUCUAAGUUUUGCCAUAAAGCCAACGCUAGAAGAGGGGGGCAGCCGUUUGUCCGCUGGCAACAACCCGAGAGACUUUGUCGAGGAAGGUGUUGCGGGAGACUCGGCGACCAAGUGGCCCCAACCGACACCCCCCGCGUGUGCCUUCUCGGAGUGAGUGUGACAAGUAAAAGUUUUAUAUUUUUC